AUGCCUAUUGAACUCGACGGGAUAGUGUACAGUAGUGCUACGGAAAACCAACAAUUAGACGAGUCAGUAAGCUGCGCUACGGAAGAACCUUCGAAAAAAAUUAUUGUACACAGUGUUGUUACCCUCGAAGACCUGGUGAAGAAUAGAUGGGGAGACCAGCUUACGAUGGAAGAUGUUAAUUUGAUUAAUGAAUCUGAAAGUAUUUUACAAAACUACAGCGUGACAAAACCUGAAAAACUACAGAAGAUUGAAAGUCAACACAAUGAACAAAACAACGCGGAAGAUAAUAUUUCGCAGGAUAAAUAUUGUAACGAAGUAUUAGAAAAGGAAACUUCAAUGAAGCCAGUGGAAGCGGACAACAUUUCAGAAAAUACGCUCCCGAAAAAGGUUAUAGAUGAGAAAGAGGUGUGGUCGCAACAUUUGCGUUGGCCUAGUGAACCAGUGAAGUCUACAAAACGUAAAUCUAACGAUAACACUCGUAUGCCGUACGCAAUUACUUCUAAGAAGUUUAAAGAAUUUAUGGAUAAGAAAGAAGCAGUGAAACAGAAAAAAGAAGAACUGAGAGUACAACGAAAAUUGAAGGUCAAUUUGAAGGCUAAAACCAAGAAGAUUAAUCCUAAACCUAAAACUAAGAUAAAAGACAACAUUAAGAAUCAUACAGAACGCAAAAGUGGUGGAAAUGACUCGCUCGAUAUGAAGGAAAAUAAUAUUGGCGCAGAAGAAAAUUCAAACUCAUCUGGACCUGAUACUGGGUCCUAUGUAAUCGUCCUUUAUGAUGAAAAGCCGUUUCCAGGAAUCGUCAAGAAUAUAGAAGGCGAGGAAUACGAAGUGCAGACUAUGUGCAAGGUUGAUAUUGAAGGAAAAUAUCAUUUUAAAUGGCCCGGUCGAGUUGAUCAAAUUUGGUACAAUAAAGCGUCUAUUUUAGAACAAAUUACUGAACCAAGAUUAAUUCGUAGGGGCAUAUUUGAAUGCAAUGAAAUAGAGAAAUACUUACCUUUAGAAUAG